AUGCACGGCCAGGACGACAGCUACGGGCACGAAGGUGGUGAAGGCGACGAGGGCUAUGACUACGAAGACCAUCAUGGCGGCGACGGCCAAGGCAUGGGUGGGGACAUGAGCGGGAUGGAGGGGGGACAGGAUGGCGACAUGGCAUCCUUGGUGCAGCUCGUGGUCAAACUGGUCAUGGACCCGCAGCCGGGGCCUUCGCACGUCCCCAAGCCGCAGCACGCGCAUUCGAGAUUCGCUCAGGAUCCUCACCACGCCGAGUCGAUGCAGCUCUUGGACAAGAUUGCUUCGGAACCUAUCCACGAAGCACACCUGGAGAGCAUGGUCCACGUCGGGCUUUUGCUGCUCGCUCGCCUUGCAAAGAAAGUCGGCAUGACUGCCGGCCACGAGGCUCAAGACAUGGGCGGUGUCCCGGGUCAAGGUCAGGGCUUGAACGGAGGAGGGCAGGGUGGCCACGAUGGUGGCGAUGGUGGUCACGGCGGUCACGAUGGUCUUGGUGGUCAUGGCGGCCAUGAGGACGAGGACGGCGGCCACGAUGAGGACGAGGAUUGUUAG